UGAACAAGUGAGUCACUCUCUACGGCGUAUACUAUACGGAUUGGCGCUGCUCGUAGCUGGUCAAAGUGGCUGGGCAUUUAAACAUCGUAGAGGUCUUGAUUUAAUCUCUAACAGUCAAAUGGGAGGUCGGUAUAUAGAUGCGGUAAUGCGACAAGCGAAGGCGGCGGAAAUAUCAAGUUUCAUGAAUGAAAACGCCGAUCCGUGCAACAAUUUCUACGAAUUUUCAUGUGGUAAUUGGAAACGAAUUAAUAAGGCAAAUGCAAAUCAUUUGUCAACUGGACUGUUUGAGCGUUUAAAUGAAGCAGUUGAGCGUAAGAAGAAGAAGUUUCUCAACAAAGAGGAUAUAGAACGGGACACCAGAGAGGACAAGCAGGUAAGGGACUUUUACAAGUCCUGCACCCGUGUGACGAGCAUUGAUAAGGAAUAUCAAGAUGAGCUCAAGUCUGUGAUUAAAAUGUUCGGUUCAAUGCCCGUGCUGGAGGGAGAUAAUUGGAUUGAGUCAGACUUUAAUUGGUUAAAUACUACGGCAAACAUAAGUUUUCAAUAUGGUCUCAAUAUUAUCGUGGGCAUAGAAGUAACAAAGGAUCUGGUGGAUAAUAAGGUCAACAUGGUGUAUAUUGAAGAACAGGAAUUUCCACUUGAAUCCCGUAGCAUGUAUCUGGAUAAGCACACCAAAAUAUAUCGAAUAAGUUAUCGGGAUAUUAUGGCAAUGAAGUUAAAAGACUAUUUGGGCGUGGAGGAUAAAUUGGCGCUAAAAACGGCCACAGAGCUCAUGGACCUUGAAGUGCAGCUCGCCAAUGGUCUUUUGAAUGAUAAUGAUGACGUUUCCCUGAUUGAGAUUUGUAAGAAAACGACACUUGAUGAAAUGCAGCGUAUCUAUGCACCUACGUUCGAUGUGAAGCAACUUGUUGAUAUUAUAAUACGAGAACGUGUCCAAAAUAUAUAUGAUUACAAUCCGCAUUAUAAAGCGAAUCUAAUCAAAGUUCUUCAGCAAACGUCUAAACGGAUACUAGCCAACUACAUAUUUUAUAGACUGAUUGAUGAAUUUGCUAUCAAACUUGGCAAGACGGAGGCCAAGCGUGAGGAAAACUGUUUUGCGGUGACUCAGAAGUUAUUUUCCAAGAACUUGGACAACGUGAUCUAUCGACGUUACAACAACGAAGCCACUGCUUCCGACGUUGAACUCAUAUGGAGAGAGCUUAAAUCCACCUUUAAGCAGCAACUGCAGUCCGACCGAUCUCUAAACUGGAUUAGCAACAGCACUCGCGAGUUGGCUAUAAAGAAGCUGGCAGCGAUGAGGCUUCAGGUUAACUCAUAUGCUGACGAAGAUCUGUCCGAAGAUUUUAAGGAUAUGCACCUGCAGAAUGAGAGCUAUAUUUCUAAUCUAAAGAAUGUAUUUGAAGUUGAUGCGUACAGCACCAGACAGCAGCUGAAUCAACCUGUCCAGCCACUAGAAGCCGGCGAAAUUCUUAGCUUCACCCCAGCCAAUAUUCUGGUAGAGAACAUGAUCAAGGUUCCGGUGGCACUGCUCCAACCAUACUAUCUCUGGGCCUCCAGUUAUCCCAAUGCCAUCAAGUUUGGCACAUUGGCAUCGUUAAUUGGCCAUGAGCUGAUUCAUGGCUUUGACAGUUCGGGACGUACGUUCGAUGCGGUUGGCAACAUUAACGAUUGGUGGGAUGAAGAAUCUACAGCGAAUUUCCUGACCCGGAAGCGCUGCUUUGUGGACCAGUACAGUAAAUACUCCUACAACGGACUCUUGCUGCCUGCCUCGAAUGAUCAAUCGGAGAAUAUUGCGGAUAAUGGUGGUUUACGUUUGGCCUAUACCGCCUAUCGCAGAUGGCAGGAUGCUCAGGAGUCCUCAGGAGUCAACGUCAACGAAAGUGGCAAGGAAAAACUGCCCAAACUCAAUUACACCAACAUGCAGCUCUUUUUUAUUAGCUACGCCCAAAUCUGGUGCAAUGAUGUUCAUCAAAAUUUUCGCGAUUUACAGGUCGCCACUGAUCAACAUGUUCCUGGUCAAUAUCGGGUAAUUGGGCCGCUUUCGAACUUUGAUGAAUUUGCCAAAGAGUUUCAGUGUGAAUUGGGCACACCCAUGAAUCCUGCCACCAAGUGUCAAUUAUACUAGAUUUUAUAUGAAAGUUUCACUUACACUUCGUAAAAAUAAAUAAAAAUUAAAUAAUUAA